AUGGACCAGCUCAGGAGAGUCAUCCAAUCGGAUGCCAAAGGAAUACUGGAAAAGAUACGAUUGUGUUUAAUAAAGAAACUGCUGCCAGAUUUGGAAGACAGAAGGAAAUAUCAUGAGGAGUUUGCCUCAUCCACGUCAUUUCAUGGUGUGCAUAACAUUGUCCACACGCAGAGCAAGGCUCGCAGAGCGCUGUGGCUGCUGAUAGUCGCAGGCUGCCUUGCCAUUGUUAUUUGGCAGAUCUGCAGCCGCUUCAUCUACUACUUCAGCUGGCCAACCACAACUACAGUGGUGGUUCAGUACGUGGAAAACAUCAAAUUCCCCGCUGUGACCUUCUGCAACUUGAACAGGUUUCAAGCUCAUGCAGUGAGCAACAUGAAAGUAAUUUUUUUAAUUUGGAACAUUGUAUCUUCAAUUCUCCAAAAAUUUGCUGUGGAAGAUAAAUAUUCCCAGGAGUUAAAUGAUUUCCUUUUUGGGAACCAGAACUUCAGCAUCAAAGACUUUACAAGGAAAAAUGGGUUUUAUCUGAACAGCAGCACAUUGCUAGAAUGUGAUUUUUUUGGAAAGCCAUGUUACCCACAGGAUUUUGAACAGGUUUUCACUGAAUAUGGAAACUGCUUUACUUUUAAUCACAAUGAUCUUUCAGCAAGAAGAGUGAGUUUGUCUGGAAGAGGCUUACAUUUGCUUUUUGAUGUCCAGCAGGACAAAUUCACCGACGAGCCUGCUCUUGGUUACACUGAUGCUGGAAUAACUUUUGUUAUCCAUUCACCCCAAGAGCUUCCACGUUUUGAUGGUUUAGGUUUACUGACACCAGUGGGGAUGCACGCACAGGUCGCAAUCCGUCAGCUGAAGUCAAUUAUCCAAGAAUACCCAUGGGGAGAGUGCAAGCCUGAUAUAAAGCUUCAGUACCACAAGAUUUAUAGUACUAACGGAUGUUUGCUGGAAUGCAAAGCCCGGUACAUACAGGACUGGUGUGGCUGUUUGCCAUUCAUUCUUCCAGGAAAUGGAACAGAAUGUGACUUGCUGAAAUUUUACAAAUGUGUUUAUCCAGCCGUCUAUGAUAUAGAGAUAAAAGGAUUAUGUACAGCAGGAACACACAAUUCUACUUGUCCUGUCCCAUGUGAAGAAACAGAUUAUCCUACCACUGUCACCUAUUCAAACCUUGGAGGAGAAAAAACCAUAAAAUAUUUUUCUACUAAACUGAAGAGAAGCCCAGAAUACAUCAGGCAGAACCUUGUGCGUAUUGAGAUUAAAUAUCAUGAUCUGAGCUACAAAAUAACACAGCAGCAGAAGGCCUUGACUAUCUCUGAGUUGCUUGCUGAUGUAGGUGGCCAGCUUGGAUUGUUUUGUGGUGCCAGUAUGAUUACAAUCAUAGAACUGCUAGAGUAUAUAUUUACUAACUUCUGUUGGAUGUGCAUCUUUCUUCUUUUGAAAGCUCCUGAAAUGCCUCAAUGGAACAAUCCAUCCCACAACCAACCAACACAUAAGGAAAAAAAGAGAGGAAUACAGGAAUGUUAGUGGCUUGCAGAAGUCUGGAACUAACUGGUUUUCCAAAUUCCCUUUCUUUUUAAGAUACAAAGAAGAUAGUAAUAUUUUACAUUGCUCCCUUCUUUGCACUCCGUAUCCUCCCUUCUUUCCCUCAAAACUAUUUAACUGUACUAAGUAACUUUAAAUAGUCCAUUUCACAAAGUCUCACUUUCCUUCUCAUAUAAAGGAAAAAUGUAAUCUUUAACUUUUAUUUUAAUAAAUUAACUUUAUUUUUAAAAUAGCAUAGCAAGUGAUGC